AUUCGUCACCAAGGAAGAAUGACGUCACUCUCCAAUGAAUUGACAAAACAUUGCUGAAAGAGGGACAACGCUCAAAUCUUUGGAGAAAAUUAUUUUACAUAAAACAUAUAAUUAAAAAUAAACAAACGAAGCACGCGAGAUAACGUUCUUGCCUUUUUCUUUGCUGGAAUGAAAAGACAACAACCUUAGCUCCAGUGAACUCUUGGCAUCACCGCUGACGUUAUGACAUCGACGACGUCGACGACUCAGGACUUGGCGGCCAUGUUGGCCAAUAUGUCAGCCGCUUCGCUUUUUGUUGGGGAGCUGCUGCCUCAUGUCAACGAGGUGAUUUUAUACAAGAAGUUUGCCCCAAUGGGAACAGUAACAUCAGUGAAGUUGUGUCGGGACUGGGUCACGGGAAAGUCGUUAUGCUAUGCUUAUGUCAACUUCGAGAAUCCAGCCGAAGCCGAAAAAGCGUACCGUUCAUUGAACUACGAGCUACUGGAGGGUCAGCCCAUGAGGAUCAUGAAGUCCACCCGCAACCCGUGGCUCCAGAAAGGCGGGGACUGCAGCUGCUUCCAUCACCACUGUUGUAGCAGCAACAACAACAAAGGUUUCGUUGACGCUAAAACACUGGUCGAGGCUAUAGAGAGUUACAGUAUGGCUUUUAAGAAUUUGGCUAUCCAAGAUUCAGGAGAAGCCAAGGGACCCACGGGCUAUAAAUAUUCGAGCGAAUUUCUGAAACGUAUGAACAAUGUUAACAACCGCUUCACGAACGUGUUCAUAAAGAAUUUCAAAGAUCUGCUGGAUGAUUUUAAACUGUGGAAGUUGUGUAAACAAUUUGGUGAAGUGACCAGUGCUAAGGUCAUGGUGGAUGAGUACGGUAUCUCCAAGGGCUUCGGCUUUGCUUGUUUUACCGAUUCAGACGCAGCUCAGAGGGCUGUGAACAAGCUGAACGGGCUGGUGUUGGAUGGGCGGACGUUGUAUGCUGGUCCGGCAUUGACAAGGACACAGAGACAGAGAGACUUCAGUUUCAGAUACGAUAAUGACGAGCACAAGAAUGAUUGGCGUCACAACAACAACAACGCCAACAUGACUUGUUCCCCGCGCAUUUGCAUCCGGAACUUGCGAGACAUUGUGGACGAGAUUCGACUGAGGAAGGAGUUUGAGCGCUUCGGUCCUGUCUUCCAGGCAGAGUUGUUAAAGACCUACGACGGAAGAUCAAAAGGGGUCGGAUAUGUUACUUACAAGGAGCAGACUGACGCGACCAAGGCUCUAAACUCCAUGCAUGGCAAGGUGAUAUACGGCACUCGAAUCAGUGUGACGUAUGCCCAUAACUACACAAACACGGCGACGAAUACGAUUCCAGACAAUUCUUUGACCCCCACCAACACCAUCAACGGUGGCAGCGACCCUGGAACCAACACCAGCAACGUCACCAACACAAGCAACGACGGCGACAACAACAGCAAGAAUUUCAUGCAGCUCAAAGACCUGGUCAGCUCUCUGGCAAACAAAGGUCAUCCCGUCAACAUCAACGACAUUAGUAACUUCAACACCGGCAGUAGCGUGAAUCGAAACUCCAGUAAUAAUACUGACAACAUCAACACAAGCAAUAACGCCAUCUUGGCGAUGUCAGCCCGCAAACUGAGUGACGCCGCGGGGGGUGCUGAGCCCGGCGACGCCGUCCAUGGGAAUGGCAGUGGCAGUGGUAGUGGCAGUGAGCAGAAGCGCUGCGACGACGACGCCGGCGACGACAUGACAGGCACGACUGCAACGCUUUCAGUCAAGAAUUUAGACGAAUCGAUUACUGACGAAAAAUUGGAGAGUCUCUUCAGCGUGUAUGGACAUGUCUUGUCAGCUAAGGUUAUUUCCAACGAGUUUGGUGUUUCCAAAGGUUUUGGAUUUGUAAUUAUGUCCGAUGUUCAGGAUGCUGUACGGGCCAUCAAGAAUCUGGAUGGCCGUAUCGUGGUCAACCGGCCAGUCUACGUGGCCCCGACGGCCCAGGCCAGGUGUCUGACGAAAGCGUAAAAUCAGGCCAUUGGGAUGACGUAAUUACAAGUCAGGGUGGCAAGUUCACAAGAAUUCUCUUCAAAUCUUCGGGCUGUACGGCUUUGUGGUGACCUGCCUGUCGAAGUGGCCAGAUCAACCUGACGGAAAACCCCCCAAAAAUACGAUACCAUCAACGGCCUAUCCCUCAGUACAGCACCUAGAUCAAGACCCAUCAAGUUUACCAAGUGAGCGUCAGGGGAAGUAACCAACCUGAAAGUUUCAGCAAGAUGAGACGACCUCAGCACCCCCCUCGUCCUCAACCCCCUCCAGCUCAUAGUGUCAAAAUAUGACUAGUUUUGUUACUCUGUUCAACCAUUUUCCUCUUUCUCUCCAUCUACUUGUUUUUGCCAUAUUUUUAUAUCAGAGACAUAAAGGUCAAGAAUCACUUGACAUUUCUACUUGCCACUGUGCAUGUUCUCGCUGCCAGACUGUCGUCUGUAUGUACGGCAGCGAGCGCGCGCCACUGUGGUUAUUUUUUACUGCUAUCAUUGUGUGUCAUUCUCUAGGAACUUAAUCACUCUCAACGUCUUGAACAUUGUUCUGAGUAAACUUUUUCGUAAUAUGAACAGAAUGACGUAUUUGUAACAAUAAAGACGUUUCAUUACAUUUUAAAACAUG